AUGACCUCUGAUUCUGAAGCCCCUGCUUUGCCGGCUAGUGAAGAAGCUCAGUCCCCAACUCAACCCCAAAAGUCAUCUCCGAAGCAAGAAUUUACGGGCCACGAGGAUUAUGUUUGGGCUUUUGUCUUCUUGCAUGACAACGUCCACAUCGUGAGUGGUUCGUGGGAUGGCACAAUGCGCAAGUGGGACUGCGACACAGGACUUCUUGUCGGGCAACCGUGGACAGGCCAGGGGGGUUGCAUACAUGCACUGGCACUUUCGCCGGAUGGAAAGACAGUUGCGUGUGGGAGGAUGGAUGGGACCGUUCAGCGGUGGAACACAGACAGUGGAAAGAUGAUUGAAGACGUUUGGACAGGUCAUAGCCGAGAAGUAAGGUCACUGUCGUGGUCACCCAACGGAGACCACAUUGCGAGCAGGUUCCAGAGAUGGGACAAUCCUAAUCCGAAAACUAGACAGCGGACAAACGGAGGCGACAGAAUCGCAUCAGGCGGGUUGAACGAGACGAUCUGCAUUUGGGAUACAAAAACAGGCGAGCUCGUUGUCGGCCCCAUCGAGGAACUGGGGGCCAGUGUGACAUCCUUGUUGUGGUCGGAAAGCAGAAAAGUUUAUGCCGCCUCAGACAAAUUUGUGCGUGUUUUCGACAGUAUCUCAGGCAUUGAACUUCAUCGCUUUGAGCACAAUGAUUUGGUGAAUUCUAUCGCGCUUUCACCUAAACACAAUGUACUGGCCUGCGUGGGCCAGCCAGGUGUUGCACAACUAUGGGACACAGUGUCCCAUGAACCAUUGCUCCGUCAGCCAUUCAUGGACCGCCAAACUCUUCGCUGCAUAUCAUUCUCUCAAGAUGGGAGAUACCUAGCCAACAGCGGACUUGAAAAGAAACUCACCUUGUGGGUGGUGAGAGAUCUGGUUCCCGAGCUUUCAAAAACUCGACCUCAGUCACCAACACCGUCUUGCCUUGAUGUCGAUGCUACAAAUCCUCAAUCAGGGAGCGAUGUGUUCACCGAUUGGGACCAAGAUGAUUCAUACAGUGAUUACUGUCAGACUUACCAGCCCCAUCAUCCUUCGGCACCAUCUUCGGGACUUCCUCGUCGCUCCCGGAACCAAAAUCUCUCCCCCACUCAGCGCUUCUGGAAUACUAUCGCCGUCCCUUCUCGACGCCACUCGCCAGCAAAUGAGUCCACCGCUCUGCAACCACGUCCCAAGCACAGUUUCUUCGCGCAGUAUACUGGCCCACAGCCCGUAACAGUCUCAGCCGGAAGAAAAAAGAGUAGGAUUCACGUAGGGCGUUCCCCUGUGAAGGGUCAUACUCAGACUGGUCAGUCAUCCUUGACGACCACUCAGCCUGUAGCCCAGCCACUUCCAACGCCACAGCCUCAGGUACAGACGACAACACAACAACAUGCCCUAGAAGAAGACUACAGUUGUUGGAGCAAAUUUUGCCUCGCAUUCUGGUGCAUCCGCCGCACUCGUCGUGUUGUCCCCACUGCUGCAUAG